GUAUAAUACUAUUAACUCUUUCCUUCUCAAUUCCAUCCUUCUUGUUUUCUUUGUUGCGUAUGGAGAAGAACUCUUUUAUAUCCAAAGUCAGCGACUUCUCUCUCUCUCUCUCUCUCUCUAAAAGAACCAUUCCAUCCUAUCUCCCUCGGUUUUGUUCCAACUCUCUGAACAAAUUCUGAAACCUUGAGACACAAGAGAGAAGAAGAUAUAUAUAUAUAUAUAUAUAUAUAUAUAGAGAGAGAGAGAGAGGAUAGGAGAUCUAGAGAAAGAGAGAGAGAGAGUACUGCAUGAUCAAGAGUCAAAUGAGUAGCUGCUAAUUUCCAUAAGCAUGUGCAGCCACUUGUUGAAGAUGAUGGAGAAUUAUCAAGGCGAUUUAGCUGACAUAGUCCGCGCCACCACCAGCGCCGCCGCCAUAGACGGCGGCAGCACACCCUCACAACAGUCGGCGGCCCCCGACUGGCAGUUUUCGAGAAAUUCGAUCAACUACCCACCGGAAUAUUUCGGCGAUCCAUUCAGCUACAUCAGAGAUCCCCUCACGCCAAACAUGGACACCCCUCCUCCUGUUUCAGAGCUGCUCUACAAUUCGAGCAUCGUCAACGGCACCGGAGUGAUCAAUCCGGAUGAGAUGAAGAGACCCUCGAAUAUAUUCUCAAGGAUGCUGCAGAUCUCUCCUAAUGCGAAGCUGCAGCCAUGUGAUCCUCAAGCGGCGGCGCCGCCGCAGAGGGGGCUCAAGAAUCCUCCUAUAUUAGUAUCUAAUAAUGGGGGUUUGAUUUCUCCCACUACAUCUGCCCUGCAGAUCUCGUCUCCGCGAAAUACGGGAAUCAAAAGGAGGAAAAGUCAGGCGAAGAAAGUAGUUUGUAUUCCAGCACCAGCACCUGCAAACAGCAGGGCCACUGGAGAAGUUGUUCCAUCAGAUCUUUGGGCAUGGCGGAAGUACGGACAGAAGCCUAUCAAAGGUUCGCCUUAUCCUAGGGGGUACUACAGAUGUAGUAGCUCGAAGGGGUGUUCGGCUCGGAAACAAGUGGAGCGGAGCCGAACCGACCCGAAUAUGCUGGUGAUCACCUACACCUCCGAGCACAACCAUCCAUGGCCCACGCAGCGAAACGCUCUGGCCGGCUCCACCAGAUCUCAGGCUGCCAAGAACACCAAGGAUUCUUCACAAAAACCUACCAACCAAUCAUCCUCUGCGGCCGUCAAAUUAGAAGAGCUUCCCGAAUUCGAAUUACCGGAUUCAUCGUCCAACCACCAACACGAUAGUUUUUUUGCUGAUUUGGCCGAAAUCGGAGAUGAUCCCUUGAAUUUAUUCGGACCUCAUGAUAAUAAUGAUCCCUUUAGCUUCUACGACUGGCCAACUACCACCACCACGGCUGACGACCCGCCCCGGAAUACUUGAAGUGGAUCUUCAAUAAUCUUUGUACAAUAUUUAGGCGUGUUUAUGAGGUUUGGCCAUGCAUGGGAAACUAAAUACUACUACAUCUUCUAUUGAUUUUUUCUUAAUUAAUUUCCACAAAAAAGAAAAGGAAAAAUACUGAAAUUUCUUUCUCUCUCUCUCUCUCUCUCUCUCUCUCUCUCUCUCUUUUCUCUUCUGAAUUAGAUGGAGGGAAAUGGGGAUUAAAUGUUGGGUUUUGGUGGUAAAUGUAUUUCUUUUUGGAAUAUUGGUGGAUGGGACAGAAAGGUGAGGAACAGAGGGUUUGAAUAGUUGAGACAAGUACAUUUUUCAGACAUGAAUGGAAAGCUCAAUGAAGGGACUAUGAUGUGGGAUGGGACUCCCACUGUAAUAAAUUAUUCUUCAUUUUUUGUGAUUUGUAUAUAGUUAUCUUCUAUGUUACGUAAGUUUUUGUUGUUA